CUGGGAGCGCCAGGCCGACGCAGGAAGGCCUUCACCCUCCGUUUUGGCCAGAAUGGAGCCCCCAAGGGGGGUUGAUUGGACAGUCAUUAUCCUGACAUGCCAGUACAAGGAUAGUGUCCAGGUCUUUCAGAGAGAGCUAGAGAUCCGGCAGAAGCGGGAGCAGAUCCCUGCUGGGACACUGUUACUGGCUGUGGAGGACCCCCAGACUCGAGUAGGCAGUGGAGGAGCCACCCUCAACGCGCUGCUGGUGGCUGCGGAACACCUGAGCGCCCGUGCAGGCUUCACCGUGGUCACGUCUGAUGUCCUGCACUCAGCCUGGAUCCUCAUCUUGCACAUGGGCCGAGACUUCCCCUUUGAUGACUGUGGCAGGGCUUUCACUUGCCUCCCUGUGGAGAAUCCGCAGGCACCUGUGGAGGCCUUGGUAUGCAACCUGGACUGCCUGUUGGAGAUCAUGACCCACCGGCUGGGCCCAGGUUCCCCACCAGGCGUGUGGGUCUGCAGCACCGACAUGCUUCUGUCCGUCCCUCCAAACCCCGGGAUCAAUUGGGAUGGCUUCCGGGGAACCAGAGUGAUCGCCUUUCCUGGGAGCCUGACCUACGCUCUCAACCACGGUGUCUACCUCACUGACUCGCAGGGCUUUGUUUUGGACAUUUUCUACCAGGGCACCAAGGCGGAGCUACAGCGGUGUGUCAGGCCUGACGGGCUGGUACCCCUGGUCUCUGGGGUUGUCUUCUUCUCUGUGGAGACGGCUGAACACCUCCUGGCUACCCACGUGAGCCCACCUCUGGAUGCCUGCACCUAUAUGGGCUUGGACUCUGGAGCCCAGCCUGUGCAGCUGUCUCUGUUUUUCGACAUCCUGCUCUGCAUGGCUCAAAAUGUGACCAGGGAGAACUUCCUGGCUGGGCGGCCCCCAGAGAUGGGGCAAGGUGAUACAGACGUAGCAGGUUACCUGAAGGGAGCCCGAGCCCAGCUGUGGAGGGAACUUCGCGGUCAGCCCCUCACGAUGGUGUAUAUCCCUGAUGGGGGCUACAGCUAUAUGACUGCUGAUGCCAGUGAGUUCCUGCACAGCCUCACAAUGCCGGGGGUUGCUGUGGCCCAGAUCGUCCACUCCCAGGUGGAGAAGCCAGAGCUGCUAGAGGCCUCCUGCUCUGUGGUCAGCUGUCUGCUGGAGGGUCCCGUCCACCUGGGGCCUCGGAGUGUCCUGCAACACUGCCAGCUGAGGGGCCCCGUUCAUAUUGGCGCUGGCUGCUUUGUGAGUGGCCUGGAUACCUCCCACUCCGAGGCACUGCAUGGCCUGGAGCUCCAUGACCUCAUCCUGCAGGGACACCAUGUGCGGCUGCAUGGCUCCCUGAGCCGAGUCUUUACUCUUGUUGGCCGUCUGGACAGCUGGGAAAGACAGGGGGCAGGCAUGUAUCUCAACAUGUCCUGGAAUGAGUUCUUCAAGAAGACAGGCAUCCGAGACUGGGACCUGUGGGACCCAGACACGCCCCCCUCAGAUCGAGGCCUUCUCAGUGCUCGCCUCUUCCCUGUGCUCCACCCCAUGAGGGCCCUGGGACCCCAGGACGUGCUGUGGAUGCUGUAUCCCCAGGAGGACAGAGGUGAAGCCCUACGAGCCUGGCGAGCCUCUUGGCGCCUGUCCUGGGAGCAGCUGCAGCCUUGCCUGGACCGGGCUGCCACACUGGCCUCCCGUCGGGAUCUGUUCUUCUGCCAGGCCUUGCAGAAGGCACGGCAUGUGCUAGAGGCUCGGCAGGACCUCUGCCUGCGCCCUCUGAUUCGGGCUGCUGUUGGUGAAGGUUGCUCUGGACCCCUGCUGGCCACGCUGGACAAGGUCGCAGCUGAAGCAGAAGAUCCUGGUGUGGCAGCCCGGGCUCUGGCUUGUGUGGCCGAUGUCCUGGGCUGCAUGGCAGAGGGCAGAGGAGGUUUGCGCAGUGGGCCGGCUGCCAACCCUGAGUGGAUUCAGCCUUUCUCGUACUUGGAAUAUGGAGACCUGGUGAGGGGUGUGGAGGCACUUGCCCAGGAAAGAGAAAAGUGGCUGAGCAGGCCUGCCUUGCUGGUUCGAGCUGCCCGCCAUUAUGAGGGGGCUGAGCAGAUCCUGAUCCGCCAGGCUGUGAUGACAGCCCAGCACUUUGUAUCCACCCAGCCGGUGGCGCUGCCAGCUCCUGGGCAGUGGGUGAUGGCUGAGUGCCCUGCCCGUGUGGAUUUCUCUGGUGGAUGGAGUGACACACCACCCAUUGCCUAUGAGCUUGGUGGAGCAGUGUUGGGCCUGGCUGUGCGGGUGGAUGGCCGCCGGCCCAUUGGGGCCAAGGCUCGUCGUAUUUUGGAACCUGAGCUGUGGCUGGCAGCGGGGCCUCGACAGGAAGAGAUGACCAUGAAGAUAGUGUGCCGGAGCCUGAAUGACCUGCAGGAUUACUGCCAGCCUCACGCCCCAGGGGCCCUGCUGAAGGCAGCCUUUAUCUGUGCUGGUAUUGUGCAUGUCCACUCAGACAUCCCUCUGUGUGAACAGCUGUUACACUCCUUUAAUGGUGGCUUUGAGCUGCACACCUGGUCAGAGCUGCCCCAUGGCUCCGGUCUUGGCACCAGCAGCAUCCUGGCAGGGGCUGCCCUGGCUGCUUUGCAGCGGGCUGCAGGCCAGGCAGUGGGCACAGAGGCCUUGAUCCAUGCAGUAUUGCACCUGGAGCAGGUGCUCACCACAGGAGGUGGCUGGCAGGACCAAGUGAGUGGUCUAAUGCCUGGCAUCAAGGUGGGGCGCUCCAGGGCCCAACUGCCCCUAAAGGUGGAGGUGGAGGAAAUCAUUGUGCCUGAGGGCUUUGUCCAGAAGAUCAAUGACCACCUGCUCCUGGUGUAUACUGGCAAGACCCGCCUGGCACGGAAUCUGCUGCAGGAUGUGUUGAGGAACUGGUAUGCUCGGGUGCCUGCUGUGGUACAGAAUGCCCGCAGACUGGUGCGACAGACUGAGAAAUGUGCCGACGCUUUCCGCCAAGGAAACUUGCCUCUGUUGGGCCAGUACCUGACCUCAUAUUGGGAACAGAAGAAGCUUAUGGCCCCAGGCUGUGAGCCGCUGGCUGUGCAGCGAAUGAUGGAUGUCCUGGCUCCUCACGUAUAUGGCCAAAGCCUGGCAGGGGCAGGCGGUGGGGGCUUUCUCUAUCUGCUGACCAAGGAACCACGGCAGAAAGAGGCUCUGGAAGCUGUGCUGGCCAAAGCUGAGGGCCUCGGUAACUACAGUGUCCACCUGGUGGAAGUGGACACUCAGGGCCUGAGCCUGCAGUUGCUAGGAAGUGACACCCAUCUUUGUGAGGCUGGGUCCUCUGAAGCAGGCAACACCUAGAGGUAGAGCUGCAUUUCCCUUCAGUGGAGUUCAUCCCUACCUCUUCAAGGCUGCUGCUAAGGAAGCAAGACAGGCAGAAGAGGCAGUGCGUGCAAACAGGACUAUACUUCAUAGCUGGCAAUGGCUAAGACUUGGUCUCUACUCCAUCUGGAUUAAGGAAAGUCUUAACAGUAGUGUCUCAUGUGGACUUUACAAAUUCCAUGGCCCACUACAGGCCUAUUAGAGCCUUGGAAGGGAUGACAAUCAGACCAACCCUGAUGAUACACUUUUAAGACAUUCCAUUACCAUGUUCAACUUUGAUCCUCAGCCCUCCACUGGGGGCGCGGAGGGAUAGAGGUCUAUUCCCAGGUCUGUGGCAGUGAACCAGCGCAGUCUACAGAAAGUUUUUGAUAACCUAAGCCUUUUCAAGCAACACUCCAGACAGUGCCAAGGUAAUCUGGUGGCCAUGGGUUCUCAACACUUGCAUUCUUGGAAUAAAUUUUAAUUUUCAAGGUUGUCUUCAGAAAGUUCUUUCUUGUUCUUGCUGGGAGUAAUUCCCACUUCUGGCACUGUAGGGCACUGCCCCUGAAUUGAUCCAGCUCCUGGUGCUGAUAGCACAAGAAAGGGUUGAAGUCCAGGACUGGAUGAAGGUUCUCACUGUCCCGUGACUGGCUAUGGGAAGCUGAGAUCUCAUGCAUUUGCCUUC